AUGGUGACCUCUGAAGGUCAUGCCGAUGAGUCGACGACAACUCCACGAGCACCUGACGAACCGACACUGAAAGCAAAGGAUUUCGAGAAGGCCAAGAAACGAAGUGUCGAUGGCGACGAAGACGACGACGAGGAAUUCCAUCAGAGCCGCCAUUCCACAUUCUCUCAUUCAUCCGGUGACGGUGAUGUAGAUUCCACGUCUUCAGGUGACGAAACAGACGAUGAAGAAGACGUACCCGUGACGUCGUUUCACGGUGUUCUGCCCGGAUCCGUGAUUGCUGCCUAUCUAGCCGAUCCGGUUGCAAAUCCAGCCGCUCAAUCGCUGUACGCCAUGACAGCUUCACGUGGCUCUCACUCAGUAUUUGCUAGUGGCGGCGGUAUCUUCGAAGACAGUCCUCGUCCUCGUGGUGCUGAUCAAGUACUGACCCUUCGUCAACCUCCACAUCUUACCGACGAAAAAUCUCGAAAUUGCUAUUCGGCUGCAACUCCAUCUACUAGUAAUUUCAUUUCUCUGGUCACCGAUUUUGACGCCUCGCUCGCUCAUCCGUCUUGUUGCAUGGUAACCGAUUUUGUUACCGUUUUUUUCCCAUUUUGUGCGUCUGUUGAACUUUUCUCUGUCGUGUACGUGCGAAUGUAUGUGUACAUGCAAGUGGCGCUCAUUGUCUACUUCCCCCAUUACCAGUUUAUUCACAGACUGGUGCGUGUGUAUACCAACUACCACCCGAACACCACCACCAUCACACGAGGUCAGGUAAAGUGGACAAUUUCGUGCCGACCAAAUAUUGAGGUCAAUCACGGAAACACCACUAGUCAACUUCGACGUCAUCACGCGAAUUACCCCCAUUUCAUGCAAUCCAUAUGA